UUUUACUUUCUUUCCCUUUGGGAGGCAAGGGUCGAGGGACCUUCAGUGCCUCCUAGCCUCACGCAGGCACUCGCGGGUUAACAGACUCGACUAACGGCCUCGGGGUGUCUGGAGGGACUUGAAAUUCUCCUUCAGUGAAAUCCCAGCUUCUGCGGCUGCUCGGGCUGCCCCGCUCCUCGGGCCCCUAGCCGAGCCCGGGAGUAAAGGCUGGAAGCAGCUUAGCCCUUCAGGGAGGCCGAGGUCGCUGCUCCCCACCCUCUCUGACGCUGCAUAUUCGCUCCCCCAGGACUCUGCUGAAGGGGGCCAGUAGCCUGGCCAGCCCCAGCCUGUGGCCCCUCGGGUCACCCUGCCCUACAGGCCCUUCUCCCCAAAGACACAUUCCAGAAACCGCACUCUUAGCUGACAGGAGCCCUGGAUCCCAGACCUCAACCAGCGAAAACUCCCCCUGAAUGAUGGGUGAGACGUUCUCCCAGUCGGGCUCUCGGGAGGAGGAGAACAAGUCAAUCCUGCCCCCCAGCCUGGCAUUUGGCAGCAAGGCUGCCUGCUACUCCAGCACCCGAAGCAGCAAGUCUUUUUGUUCCCGCGUGCCUUGUGAUGGGGCUGCCAGUGCCAGCUUUGUGACUUGUCCCACCUGCCAGGGCAGCGGGGAGAUCCCGCAAGAGCUAGAGAAGCAGCUAGUGGCCCUCAUCCCCUAUGGGGACCAGAGGCUGAAGCCCAGGCGCACGAAGCUCUUCGUGUUCCUGGCAGUGUUCAUCUGCCUUGUGACCUCCUCCCUCAUCGUCUUUUUCCUGUUUCCCCGGUCCAUCGCCGUGCAGCCCGCGGGCCUCAACUCCUCCACGGUGGCCUUUGACGAGGCUGACAUCCACCUCAACAUAACGAAUAUCUUAAACAUCUCCAAUAGCAAUUACUACCCCAUCACUGUGACCCAGCUGACCAUCGAGGUUCUGCACCUGUCCCUCGUGGUGGGGCAGGUCACCAACAGCCUCCUCUUUCACAUCGGCCCCUUGGCCAGCGAACAGAUGUUUUAUGCAGUGGCCAACAAAAUCUGGGAUGAAAAUACCUACAAAAUCUGUUCCUGGAUGAAAAUCAAAGUCCACCAUGUGCUUUUGCACAUCCAACACAGCAACAAAGCCUGCUUCCUCUCCAGGGGCACCCUGACCUGUUCCUGCCUGAGCCAUUCAGAGCAGCUAGUCUUCCAGAGCUAUGAAUACGUGGACUGCCGGGGAAACACAUCGGUGCCCCACUUGCUGGUCCCUCACCCGCCGUGACCUGUCCGCUGUUCCCGAACCCCAGGCCCCCGCCAGGUUGGGCUCUGUCUCCCUGAGCCCAAGGAAGGACUACAGUGACUUUGCCAAAGGAAAAGCCCUGCUUUAUUCUACCUCCUCCCCACCACACACACACCCUCAGCAUAGGAAGCCCUAUGUGAAAGUUAACUUUACACACACACAUGCACGCACACACACCUCUCACGUCCUCUGACUUCCACAGGAAAAGAAGUCUGGUUCUUCUAGGGCCCAGCGCCAGGCUUUCCCCUCGGUCUGUCCUGAGGAAAGUCUGACCUGAUGUGUAUUCAGAGCUGCCUUAGAGUCCCUGGAGUGGCAUCUGCUUUCUGUACUGAGCACCGUGGUUGCCUAGCCCCUCUGGGGCUGGCCUUCCUCCCGCCUGAAGAGAGAAAUCUUUUAUCUGGCUUUUAAAACCUGGAUCUUUUUCACGUUCUCCACCCAGUGGUGGGAAAGUGACUUGAGGGACGUCCAUGCUGUCUCGUGCCUUCCUGCUUGGUCAUGUGACAGAGUGGUGGCGCUGGUCGGCUUCUCUCCUGGUAACUUGGGCCCUGACAGCGAGGUUGGCUAAGGCCCUUUGGCUCGGCAGCCUCCCUGGUUAAAGACUGUCCCAGUUCCUAGGAAGACAGAGCUGUUCUCUGGCUAAAGCUUCUCUCCAUAAAGAUUGUUUUCUUAGUCUCAUCACAGCAGGAGUGAAUGUAGUAGCGGGGGAGAGAGGCAUCUGGCACCCCCUCCGCCUCUCCAGGAAAAACAGAGAUGAAGCCAGAGUCAUUCGGGAAGGUAUUUAUUGAAGUUAGGCUUCUGGCUGGUGGUCGGCCCACAAUGCUGAGCCCGUGUGAGUGGACAAAGGUCGGUCAGACGGCGGUGUCAGCUGCCGCCCGGUGACGGCCUACAGAGGUGAAGCUGUCAGGAUUCGGCCAAGCUGCUGGCACUCCAGCAUCCCCAGCAUAGCUCCAGGGCCCAUCCUCUGCUCCCAGAGGCCUCUGCUUUCCUUCGGGCAUGCACAGGCUGGAACCGCACAUUAGUAGGGACCGGCCUCGACCUCUCCUCUUUGCUGUCACUCAGAUGCAGAAGCGAAGUCCUAGAUAAUGCAGGUUCCCACUGGGCUCCAGAUGGAGGCGGUCUGUGGUGUCGCUGAGCAGGAAUGGUAAUUGCUCACUAAAGGGAGCUGUGGUUUUUCUCAGGCCGGGAGGUGAACUUAGGUGGUGGGGCAAGCUGAAUGCGAAGUUGGAUGGAUGGAGAGGGGGCAGUGGGGACAGCACCUGGCUAGCUGGCUGGGGGGACAAGGGGAAAGAAGGAGGUUGUCCUGUCUCUGUGCUUUCGUGCCUGAGUAAUUGGGAGUCAAGAAGAUACUAGCAGGAGCACAGAAGUCCAGAAAGGCCAGGCUGGAGUUUCCGCUGUGUGUUGGUUGCCAAAUGUCAAGGAUUUAUAUCGUCUUCAAUAAACUAUACUUCACAAUGUUAAAGAGUAAACAAAGAGUCUCCUGUGAGUUGGGAGGAGAGCUGGACGACACUCCCGGCCUGUUUCUGGUGGCCGAGUGGGUGCCAAGCUCUCUUCCCCAGGCGCAGAGCCCCUCUGCUCUUCUGGUUGCUGAGAGAGCGCUCCUGGGAGCUUACUCUCUCCCUUCCUCCCACUGUGUGUCUCUCAAGUUCCCUCCCUACUUUAAUAUUCCUGUUCUGGGCCCCACCCCAGGUCCCCCGGCUACCCCCCUCAGGAAACACUGCCCUGAGGGGUCCCUUCAGCCUGUGGGCUUCCGUGAAAGGCCCAGGCAUCCCCUCACUGGCGCCAGGUGGAAAAGGGGACAGGCUGUGGGAGGGACCCCGGGUGUCAGCUUCAGGAAGUGGUGAGGGGGUGAAGCCUGACUCCGGGAAAGGCUGAGGUGGGGGAAGGAAGAGGCCUGUGGGGUUCUGUGGGCCAGUACCCCUCCCCUUCCCAAGAUCAGGUGUCCUGUACUUGAGGUUACAGCCCCCCUUUCCUCUGAGCUCUUUCCACCCCUGCCUCCCAUCAUCCAUGCCACAGCUCAGCGCCCACUAUGGGCCAGGCAUUACACUGGACCUGGGGGGGCCCCCGCCUGCCACCUCUAAUGCUGCUCCAGGCCUGUUCCGGUGUGGUGCGACCUCUCCUUCCCCAGUUGUGUCUCAGUAAGCACCAGCCAGUGGGGAGGGGUCCUGGCUCCAGUGAGAGUCCUCAACCUAGAGCCCCCAACAGGGGUGUCUGGGGGGCUCAGUCGGUUAAGCAUCCACCUUGAUUCUUUUUUUUUUUUUAUUUGACAGAGACAUAGCGAGAGAGGGAACACAAGCAGGGGGAGUGAGAGGGAGAAGCAGGCUUCCCAUGGAACAGGGAGCCCGAUGCGGGGCUUGAUCCCAGGACGCUGGGAUCAUGACCUGAGCCGAAGGCAGACGCUUAAAGACUGAGCCACCCAGGCGCCCCCCACCUUGACUCUUGAUUUCGGCUCGGGUCAUGAUGUCAGGGUUGCAGGAUGGAGCCCUAUGUCCGGCCCUGUGCUCAGCAAGAAGUCUGCUUGUCCCUCUCCCUCUGCUCCUCCCCUCACUUGCUCAAGCACACACAUGGGCUUGUGUGCUCUCUCUCAAAUAAAUAAAAUCUUUGAAGCCCCCAACAGACCUAUCCUUGCUAAAUAAGGGCCAGCAAUGGGGCUAUAUAGACUUGGGAAGGCCAAGACCAAGUUCUCCCAUUGGCUUUGCCUCCAGAAGUCCAGAAAGGCCAGGCUGGAGUUUCCGCUGUGUGUUGGCUCAGCCUACUUUCUUCUCCCACCCACUCCAUCUCCUUCAUGGGUCCUCAUUCCCCUUUCCCUUCAUCCCAGUCUCACAGAGCUGACCAGUCUCUUGAUUCUUUUUAGGAGGAAAUCACAUUUUAUUCCCGGCUAGCUCCUCUUCUCGAGGGGAUCAGGAGGGGGUGACUUGGAGUGGAGAUGCUGGGGGUGAGAAAGAAGUCAUCUGUUUUUUUGCUGAUGGCCAUUGGGGUUGAGGGUCUCUCUCUGGGUCACCACUGCUGUGUGUAAUUCAUUGACUGAGAAGAGGGAGAGACAGGAGGCAAACUGGGUUAGUUAGCCAUUUCUGGGCCUGCUGUUCCAGAACGUUGUAUCAAGCCCUUUGAGGCCAAAGAAAUAAAAGUAAAAUGGAUCGGCCCAGUCCUCAUCCUAACAGGGCUGGCAUCAGGCUCUCUCAUCCUUUGCACCUGAGCCAGAGAAACCUCCUUUCCAAAGCUUGUACUGUGUUACGUCCUUCUCAUCAAGAGUGACCACCCUGGGUUUGAAGGCCUGGAUUGAGCCAGGUCCUAAGCUAAGGGCUUGUGACGCCUUCUCUUUCAAUGGCCACAUUCAGUGGUCCGACACCUCUGUUAAGGAGGUGGUAUUAGCACUCUCAUCUUAUGGAUGGGGCAGAUGAGGCUCAGAGAUGCAGUCACGCUGCUGGGGACUGGCGAUCCCGAGACUCACAGCCUGUGACUUCAUGUCUUGCCCUCCUCCGGCUCCAGCUGCCUCCGCCCCAAUCAGCACUUAAAACAGCCCCUCUGGGGGCGCCUGGGUGGCUCAGUUGGUUAAGCGACUGCCUUCGGCUCAGGUCACGAUCCUGGAGUCCCAGGAUCGAGUCCCUCAUCGGGCUCCCUGCUCGGCAGGGAGUCUGCUUCUCCCUCUGACCCUCCCCCCUCUCAUGUGCUCUCUCUCUCCUCUCAUCCUCUCUCUCAAAUAAAUAAAUAAAAUCUUUAAAAAAAACAAAAAACAGCCCCUCUGUUUUGCUUCUCUGGCACCUGGCCCGUCUUUUUGAAUAGACUGUCAACCCCUCCGUUUCUGCUGAGUGCCAAGCAACAGGCCACAAAUGGGCCAUUCAGCAGUGACUAUAUAAUUGCAUAUAAAGGCUUUAUGUAAUUGACUUUAUAAAAUAUAAAUAAUUGCAGCCCCUCCCGCCAAGGAAGCCUCUCUAGAUUCCACACACAAACACACACACGCAGCCAGAGU